UUCACACCAUCGCAUUGUCAGUGAGGAUGAGGAUAUGCAAUUCAUAAAAGUAUUUAUGUAAAUAAGCCAGGAAUUCCAAAUGAGUUUCAAAUAUCAUAUCCUGAACGAAAAUGCAAUAAAUAGAGCUUGCAUCACAACUGGAUUUCCCAUAAGUCAAACAACACAAUCACUUUUACUACUUGCUGCCCAUGCAGCCAGCCAAACCACCUUUGUUAAGUAAUAGCGAAACCAUAAAGUUGCCUAAAUUAGGGUUAAGUCAGCACAGGACACACCAAACCACAUAGCACAUUAAGUAAGAAUAAGGACGAUACAUACUUCUUCUCAUUGUCAGCAGUGUGUUGCAUUCCACGAGCUAAGUGACUAGUGACUACUCAAGAAAAAUCUCUCAAAAUGGCAAAAUCCAUUAUAAUAUUGUGUGCAUUUUCAUCCCUAUUUUUGCAUACGAUUUGCACAAUCGCUGCGGAACAAUCACAAACCCCGGAAGGACGUGUCCUCAUCUUGGAACGAUUUAAUCAACUCAACAACAAAACUGUAAAGAUUUUAACGGGACAACAACGACCACCACCUCCGCCUCCUCCUCCACAACAAAUUACUAAUUACAGACCCAUGUCAAAUCAGAAUUAUUAUCCGAACAAUAACAAUCCAAAUACGAACCAGUAUCCACCCCAGUUUCCACAAAGCCCUACUGGUGACCAAUUUGGCCAGGGAAGUGGUCUACAGCCCAGUUACCAGCAGCAGCCUAGCACCAACCUGCACCCACCACCCCCACCACCACCCCCACAAGAACAAGGACAACCCGGCGUGUCAGAAAUCUACGUCCAGAUAAUCGGCGCUAUUGAAAAGCUGGUGGGACGCAUUGAUAAGUUGGACUCGCGACUGUCGACCCUGGAAAAUGUCGUGUUGCAUCUCACCAACAAGAAGGACGCACCCAUGCAAGGAAGCUGCCCAAAAAACUUUGUGAAAAUUGAUGGCAUUCGAGGAAAAUGUUAUCACGUGAGCACCCUCCUCCCACCAGGCUCAGUCCCACUGUUUGACUGGACCACUGCUCACGGGAACUGCGGAAAGAUGGGGGGUCGAUUAGUUGAGAUGGUUCAUUAUGACGAUUUUCUGAGAAUCUCGCAGUUCUUGGUUAAGUAUUCAAACUUCAAGGAUUCUGCCUCCUCUUCGUCAACUACGUCCACAGACUUUUGGAUUGGUGGCAUUAAUCCAGGACUAAUUUGGAUUUGGUCCGAAUCUGGUCAGAAGGUUGGAAUGGAUAAGCAAUUUUGGAAUGAUAACGAUAACUCUUCCAAUGCACCGGGAUGUCUCAAAUUGUCCUAUUCGAAACGAUUGGAUGCAUUCUUCUUUAAAGGAGCUCCAUGUUCACAUUCGCAAAAUAUGUUGUGCGAAAUGAUGGAUAAUUCAGUCUCACGAGCUUUGGCAGAGUUUGAACAAGAAUUAUUCCACGGAGAUGAUCAAUCUGCCAAAGAAGAUGAAUAAAUAUGACAUUGCUAUUAAAAUUAAAUAUAAUUAUGUAAAAACAAGUAAAAUUGAACAUGACAAACCAUUUUUUAAAACCA